CAAGAAAUUCAUAGCAAUUAAUAAUAAAAAGAGUUGGCAGUCGUGCUUGGAAAACUGGCAUGGUUUUUGGAGGCUGGCAGUUCAAAGUUGAAACGUCAGAAAUUACUCCAAAAGACUGUUGAGAUGAUCAUUAAGGGAGACUUAGAUCGGAUGGCAGAAGAGAUCGGGCAUCCAGAUAUCUGCUGUUUUAGGUGGCGGUCUGACGACGAUGCUCCAUGCCAUGGAAGUCCCAAGUCAUGCUAGACACCUCCUCCUGCAACUCAACACCCAGCGCACCAAGGGCUUCCUGUGUGAUGUCAUCAUCGUGGUGCAGAACGCGUUGUUCCGAGCCCACAAGAACAUUCUGGCCGCCAGCAGCCUCUACCUGAAGUCCCUGGUCGUCCAUGACAACCUCAUCAACCUAGACCACGAGAUGGUGAGUCCCGGGGUGUUCCGGGUCAUUCUAGACUACAUCUACACGGGCCGCCUGACCGAAGGAGACCCCAGCUCCCCGACAGAGCCCAACCUGGGGGCCGUGCUGGCUGCAGCUAGCUAUCUGCAGCUACUGGACUUAGUGGCACUGUGUAAGAAGAAGAUGAGGAGAAAUGGGAAGUACCCUCUCCGCCCCACUCCUGCCUUUCUGCGCUAUGGGAAGAUGGUCCCCAAUAGUUUGGGUUUGGGGGGAGGGGGCAGGUAUCGGGUGUCCACCCCUGUUAUUCAGUCCUGCUACCCAGGGGGAGUUGGGAACACCCACACGCCACGUGCCCCACCACUAGAGGAGCUGCCGCUGCACCCCCAUGCCACCCAUGCAGGGGAGCUGUAUGCCCCCACCUCUUCACAGGGCCCUCAGGUGUUCCCCUCCACACCCUCAGCCCUGCCUGCCCAGCCCAGCCUGCGUCCAGCUCACUCUGACAGGAACUGCUCCCCCAUCUAUGGCCUGGACCUCUCCAAGAAGAGUCCCAACUCCCAGUCCCAGAACACGCCCUCCCACCCCCACCUGGCUCAUGCCCUGCCCCACAACGAUGAGGAUCGGGAGGGGGGGCUGAGCGGCCGCACUAGCCCCAUGCUGGGGGCCAACGGCGGGGCCUACCCCACAGAAAAGAUGGAAACGGCUGAUCAGGCUGGGUCUCUCCCACUUCACUCCUACCCUCACCUCAACCAGCCCCUCGGGCCCCACCUGCCCCACCUCCACCGCUCCAGCUCCCAAGGUCCAGACCACUACCCCUGCCCCCCCAGCCCCGACACCCCCACCGAGGCUGGAGAGCCCAGCAGGGAGGUGGGCAACAUCUACCGCUGGGUGAAGCAUGAGCCACUGUCAUACACAGCUGAGGAUGAAGAGGAUGACGAGGAUGAGGAGGAAGGGCGUCGAAACGGAGACCAAGACCACCAGCAUCACAACCACCAUCAUAAGGCAGGGGAGGAGAGCGAUGAUCGCUACCGUAGGGUGGGCUGUGAUGGGGAGGAUGAGAAGAGUGGCUCAGGCAGUGAGGAGACAGGCAGUAGUGAGGGUCGACCAUCACCCACAGGGGCCAUGGGGAGGUUCCACCUACCCUACGAGCCUGAGAGCUUUGGGGACAACCUGUACGUGUGCAUCCCCUGUGACAAGGGCUUCCCCAGCUCUGAGCAGCUCAACGCCCACGUGGAGACCCACACAGAGGAGGAGCUGUACUCUGGAGGGGAGAUGGGUAGCAGCAACAGCAACCCCAAAAACAACAGCAGCAACAGUAACGGCAGCCUGUCCUACCUGGAGGGGAAGUCCAGCCAGAGCCUGACGCCUGGGGUCCUGGGGGAGAUCAUCAGACCCUAUCGCUGUAACUCCUGUGAGAAGUCCUACAAGGACCCGGCCACGCUGCGCCAGCACGAGAAGACCCACUGGCUGACAAGGCCCUACCCCUGCAGCAUCUGUGGCAAGAAGUUCACCCAGCGCGGCACCAUGACCCGCCACAUGCGCAGCCACCUGGGACUCAAGCCCUUUGCCUGUGACCACUGCGGCAUGCGCUUCACCCGCCAGUACCGCCUCACAGAGCACAUGCGCAUCCACUCCGGGGAGAAGCCCUAUGAGUGUCAGGUGUGCGGGGGGAAGUUUGCCCAGCAGCGCAACCUCAUCAGCCACAUGAAGAUGCACAGCAGUGGGGGGGCCGGAGGGGCUCUGACGGCCGACGGCAAGCUAAAGCUAGACUUUGCGGAAGGGAUCUACCCCCUGAGUAAAUACGCAGCAGAGCACCUGGGGCUGAAGCAGGAGAAGGCCUCAGAGCUGCUGGCAGAGCAUGCCAUGGAGAGCCUGUUCCCGCUGUCCAAACUGGCAGCAGAACACCUGCGCCUCAACCACCAUGACAAGAUGGAUGUCCUGGGGGUCCCGGCCCUGCCUCCUCCCCCAGGGUCCCUCUCUGACUCCCACUCCCGUAUCAUUGACCGCUACUCCCCCAGCUAAGAUGGCCUUGGCAACCACACAGUCCUGUGGGCACACAACUUAACUUACAGUAUUCUAACGUCAUUCACCUCAACUCCAUCAGUAUCUGCACCUCAGACUAAGGCCAAUACCUGGCCUAAAGAAUGCACACACACUGUGUAGACUCCUAUAAGUGCCUUUCUUUCCAAAGUUUGCAUUAUAUGCAUUUCAAAGACCUUCCUAGAAGAACUGUGCUAUUUCUAUUAUAUUUUGACCAAGGAAUACCCACUCAAAACAGUGUAGUAUCUAUACGUAAAUUAAACCACCGAGCCAAAAACAAAUUGAGAACCAAAAAGCAAUUGUUUUUAUUUAUUUUUUUGUGCGUAAUGAAAAACCAAAGAAACUGUUGCAAGAAAGUGUUGCAAUCAGACCCUAAACCUGUGUACUAAAUGUACUAUUACUGUUAUAAAUGUAUAUAAAAUGGAAAAAAGCACAUAUGUACAUGAUUCAGGGCUCCUGUUCAGAACUGAAAGGACACAAAAGAAAAAGCCAAACCUUUGGGAUUUGCAAGUGAUUGGAACACUUAGUUUAGUUUUUGGGGUACUGGAUUUCCUCUGUAUCUUCCUAUUCAGUUUUACCCCAUGCUCCAGCUUUUCUAGUCAUGAGGGAGUGAAUAACGGAAAACAGCAUUCGCUCCGCCAUUUAAGUCAAGUGAUCUAUGCUUUGUUUUUCCACCGUUGUUACGUACUUCAUGAUGUUGUGUACAGAGAGACUCAUAUUAAAUAAUAGUAGCUUACUGACUCUAAAACCCAGUGCCAUAACCCUUUGAACCCAUAACCUCUCUUUUGACUUGCAUCCCAGUGCCUUCAAACUGUUAUUGAAAAGUAGCGAGGAGCACAACCCUGUGAUCUCACAACUGGGACGCAUCAUGGUGCAUACCCAACUGAUGACACGCCAAUCCUUCUCCAUGGCUUCAACAUCCAGUGGUGUGGAGUGUAGACUAAGCAUGGGUGUUGCCUGUGACAUUGUGUAAUAUUUACAAUGGUGGGUGCAGCUGUACAACUCACCAGAGGAGAGCACAGAGAGGCCAUCCAAGUCAGUGCCGAGAGGCUAGAGUCAAUUACCACCAAUCAGUCACUAUCAAUAGCAGCAAUUCCCUCUAACACAGAUGAAGAAUCAGGACUGACAAUUGUCCCAUACUGCAGAUAAAUAGUACUAACCACUUUAAAAACCUUUUGACCACCCCCAUGUAGUCUCAACUCUUGUCUGAGAGACAGAGGGCCGUGCUAUCAUUGACAGGCCAAAGUGACUUCUCCGCUGCUGCCUUAAUACACACACGUUUACCCACACAGGGACUGGGAGCUGCUAAUGUGACAGCGUUGUGAACAUGAGAGCUGGGCGCUAGCUGCCUCUGACAGUGCUCUGCUCGUGGUGCGGCAGCAGGCCGGGCCGUCGGUGUGGGUGAACAGCACAGCACACCCCAGCUGCUGGCCUCCCAGUCUUCCAGUAAUCCCUGUGAAAUCUCACAUUCUCCCUGACAAUUCACACUGUCUGUCGGCCUGACGCCCCAUUUCAUGCCUGCCAUCCAGCCCCUCUGAUCCACACCAUAACAAGACAUCCGAGCACUGCCGAGCCGAGUCCUACCAUCUGCCCUUCCCUGCCUCUCUGCUAGCAGGCUAUCAAACAUGGCACAAUACAGUACAGUAGCACGCCUCAAUAUCAACUGACCAGUUCCUUUAGAAAACAAUGAGCACUUAUGGGUUUGGGGGUUGAGGGCACUUAUUGUUUUGCAAUUUAAAAAAUAAUAAUAUUUCAAGGAGCAUGCUGGCUUUUUCUUUUUCUACGUUGUCGGACCUUGUGUCAGAUUGGAGUUUGUUGACCACUAUAGUGCCAAUGCCAACCUCAGUAGGUUAAUGUGAAGACUAAAGCCAUGAAUGCACUGUGAUAGACUUAGUGAAUCUUAAACCUUAGCUUGGAGACUGAGACAGUAAGCCCUAGUAUUGUAGGAUUGUAUUAAUGUACAACAUUAAUUGAAGGGCUUUAUUCUGUAGCGUAAUGAGCAUAUCAAGGUGUGUUUUUCUGUCCCAUAUUUUCUGUCUCUUUCUUUAGAUUUUGAACCAAAGCAAAGUGAAACUGGUGCUCACCUCAGGACUGAACCCAGCAUGGGGACGCAACACUUUAGCUACACAGCAAUCAACCAACCAAACACACACGUACACACUUAGAAAGAAGCAGAUACAGACAUCUACACACAUUUUAUUUUGACAUUUUUUAUUUUGAGGGGACAAUAGUCCUGUGUUAAACUUGUGGUUAUUUCAUGGUUAUGAGAUGUUUUACUUGUCUUACAAUUUUGUUGAUAACAUGUGAUAUUAACAUUUUCUGCUUUUAUCUUAAUAUUUUGUGUAAAUGUUCCUUUUUUACUGCCCUCAAAGAGGCUUUGUGUGGUUCAGGCCAAUGACAUUAUCUUAAUAAGGAAAAGUCAAGCUGGUGAUCUUCUUUAAUUCAACAGAAUAUACAAAUGUACAUGUUGACAGGGCUUGUAAGACAAGACGUAAGGCAAUACCUCUGGUUCCAAAGAAACAUAUAAACACUAUGUGAAUUAGGUCUUUUAUUUUUCACCCGAAGCCUUAAUGUUUAGUGACGUGUUUGGUUGCACACGAGGAGUGAUGUAUUUCUCAAUAUUUCCCUAAACAGAUAAACAGUGGCUGGGCUGUGAGUGGGUGAAAGCUAUAGCCUGAAGAUGUUUGACCCAUUUCUCUGGAGGGGGUUUGUGAGCUGAUGAUGAUGAUACUCAGACUACGGCUGUGUGUGUAUUCAUACACAAACACACUUUAAGCUAGCUUGUUUCCAGCCUACGUGGAACACAAAAAUCCACACUUGUCUCCAAAGUUAAUUUAGAAAAAUAGUCUCCAGCUGUUUUGUUAUAACAAAAUAAACUAGUUUAAAUGACA